AUUAGAGAGAGAAAGAGACUUGAAAGGAGCACAGCUUUGAGAUCUCAGAUUCAUCUCUCCUUCUUCUUCUUGUUCUUCUUGUUCUUGUUCUUGUUCUUGUUCUUGUUCUUCUUAUUCUUCUUCUUCUUCUUCUUGUAGUAUACGGAAAUGGAAUCUGAGGAAGUGUCACUACCGUUGAUCCACGAGCAUCCUAUGAUACCUUGGAAUGAUCUGCGGAAAGGUGAUUGUUGUGGACGUUUGGAAGCUAUCAGUGAUGGCUAUUACUGCAAAAGAUGUGACUUCUUUGUUCACAGGGAAUGUAGUGAGUCCUCCGAAUUUAUCAAACACCCAUCUCACUCUGUUCACUCUCUUCAGCUUCGAAGUAAUAGCCAUAAUAAUUACUGCAAUUUAUGUCGAAAGGAUAUCACCCAUCUAUGUUAUCGUUGUGAUAUCUGUGACUUUGAGGUGGAUUUAUACUGUGCAAAGUACCCACCACCAGAUGUUAUGGAUAUUUCGGAGACGCAUCACCACAAGCUCACCCUUUGGUUACGGAAUAGGUUUGAUUGCGACGAAUGUGGCAAUUUUGGAUAUGGGUUUUCAUACCUAUGUCGUGAAUGUGAUUUAGACUUCCAUGUAGAUUGCCUAUGGAAUCCGUCUGAGGCAAAACACCCGUCAGAGGUAAACCACACUUACCACCUUUUACACCCUCUUAAGCUCUACACAGGUAAACGACCGGACUAUUCUGAUGGAAAGUGUCGUCUUUGCGAAAGAAAGAUUGAAGAUAGAUUGUUUUAUCAUUGUUCUGCUUGUAACUUCAGUUUGGAUAUGCGUUGCGUUUUAAAACCACCACCACAGUUUGUUCUGGAUUUGAAAGUUCAUGCUCACCAACUCAUCUUUCGCCCAAGACUUGAUUCUUUUACAUGUAAUGCUUGCGGGUUGAGUGGAGAUCGAAGCCCUUACAUAUGUGUUCAAUGUGAUUUCAUGAUACAUCAACAGUGUCUUGCCCUUCCACGCCUCAUAAACAUCAAUCGGCAUGAUCACCGUGUUUCACGCACUUUUGUUCUUGGUGUUGUGAAUUCUGUAUGUGGAGUUUGUCGCCAGAAGGUGGAUUGGACUUGGGGCGGGUAUUCUUGUUUGCGGUGUCCCGGCUAUGUCGUUCAUUCCAAAUGUGCUACUAGAAAGGAUGUGUGGAACGGGAAAGAGCUCGAAGGAAUACCUGAAGAGACAGAAGAUAUAGAGCCAUAUGUGGUAAUAGAUGACAACACAAUACAACAUUUCAGCCACAAAGAGCAUUACCUAAGAUUCCACGUUAAUGGUUUUCUUUGGGAAGAAAAUAAGCGGUGCAGUGCUUGCAUCCAUCCCAUUUGUCUCCAAUCCUUCUAUGGAUGUGUUGAUUGUGAUUUCAUUCUUCACCAAAGUUGCGCUGAAUCUUCUAAAAAGAAAUGGCAUGUACUACACAAUGACCGACUUACUUUAGUUACAAGCGUGGCCAAUUACUUUUGGUGUGCAGCUUGUCAUAGAAUGUCCAACGGUUUCAUGUACCAGUGCGGAGGUAUGAAGUUAGAUGUUCUGUGCGGUUCAAUUUCUGAGCCGUUUGUCCAUCCAAGCCACCCCAAUCAUCCCUUAUAUUACAUUCCACGAGUAGGGAAAAAAAAAUGCAAGGGCUGCUCCAAAAACCGCCUCGCUGUGCUUACGUGCAUCGUAAGUGGUUGUGAAUUUGUCUUAUGCUUCCAUUGCGCCACAUUACCACAAGUGGUAAAGCAUAGAGUAGACGAUCAUCCUCUCUCACUAUGUUAUGGCGAAAAGGCAAGUGGCAAAUAUUGGUGUGACAUUUGCGAGAAACAAACAGAUCCAAAGAGAUUUUUCUACACAUGUAAAGAUCACCGAGCUAGUUUGCAUACAAAGUGCGUGCUAGGAGACUUUGCAGGGCUCAUGCCAAGACUCACAAUAAAGUAUGGUAGCACAUCAUAUGACGUGGUGCUCAAUAAAAGUAUAUCUCGUCCAUUUUGCAAGGGGUGUGAGUCGCAUUGCAUGUACCCUAUCGCCUUGAAGAUUCCUGGAACCUCAGAUAUAUAUGUUUGCUAUUUAGACUGCCUAGGGCGUGUCCGAAGACAUUUAUGAGCAAAGUGAAGAUAGAUCGUUAAGACAGAAAUGAAAUAAAGUUUGUGAAGCCAAUAUAUUCGUUUCUGAUGGAGUUGCAGGUGAGGAGGAACCGGUACGCAGAACGUCAAACCGGAUGCAUGUACCAAACCGGAAGUAUUUGAAUUGAGUUGGUUUGUUUUAUGUUUGAAUAAGUCUUUGCUUUUGUUGAGUCAAUAACGAGAGUCGUGGUUUCCUUAUGUUGAGGAACCAACUCUCCCAUUUUCUAUUCCCAGUUUGUAGGAGUGAUAACUCCAUCUAUUUGUUAUUUAAGAAAUGAAAAAGCCAAAAGAGGCAAUGUUAAUUGCCCAAAGAAAAGUGUUACUCUCUGUUACAAUUUGGAUUGGGUUUUAUAAUCUGAGACCUAUCAGUUUCGAAUUCA